CGUACGUGGUACACGAGGUUCGCGAGGAGUCGCGAGAAACCCGCGAAGAAUCCGCGAGAGAGGAGGCACGCACACGCGGUUGACAAGAACGGAAAAAAAGAAUAAUCGUGGAUAUAAAAAUUCUCGACGAAAACACGAAGAGGAGACGUGGAGGAUCCGCUGAGGAUUUUCCAUCGUCGUCGUCAUCGUGCAACAAUUUGACGAUCGCGCGGAAAAAAAAAAAAAAAAAAAACAAAUCGAGUCGAUCUCUCCUCUCGUGAUCGAGAGCGCUGAGAGAUCGAUCCUCGCGCGUGAGAACGAGAGCCGUCAAAAAGUGUGGAGCCACCAGCGGCGAGAAACGAGCUAUAGUACACACGGAGGAGAAUUCGACAUGGUGGAGACGAUGCCGCAGACGGUGCCCACCGCGGCCGGCUACUCACCGUCGUUCGACUACAGUAAUUUUCAGUUCGAUUUGUCCCUGCUGUCGGACGAUUACAGUUCGACCGGCAAUCAUCAGCUUGAUCUGAAGACAUCGCAGAUUAAGCAGGAGGCAUAUUCGCCGCAUCCGAGGUCGCCGACCACCUAUCCGAGUCCGCCGUAUCAAACGGGCGAGCUGUCGUUAUCGCCCAACUACUCGCACGAGGGAUCUUCGCCGGGAUAUCCGACGAGCCCCUACUACGUACCAAGGAGCCCUCAGAGCGCCCAGUUUUAUCCCACCAGCCCGGAAUCGUCGACCAACAAACAGCCGGUCAAGCGGGAGAAGAGUCUCGAUCUGUUGGCCAUCCUUCAGGAGUCCAGAUUUUUAGAGAGUUUAGGCUAUCGCGAAGACUCGACCGACUGCACGGUGCCUUGUACCCCGCCUCGUACCGAAGAGGACAUUUACAGCAGUUUUGAUACAGACUUCCUGCCAAAGAAAGAAGACACUGGCGUGCAAGGGCAUUCGCUACUCAAGGAGAUUCUUUUCAAGGAAGAGCCACGAUCAGUUAGCAGUGCCAACGACUCGUCUCCGUCCUCUUCGUCCUCUCCCUCCUCUUGCUCGUCUUCAUCGUCGUCGACUAGCCCUUCGAGUGAGUUCGAGAACAGUUCGGCUUUACGCGAGCUUCUCUUCAAGAACACACCUCGUAAAGAUCUGGCGGAAAUUUCGAAGACCCACCAGCCCAAGGUGGAGCAGAACGAAUUGGCGAAUCCUCUGCGUAAGGAAGAAGAGCUCUUCAAAGACGGUCAAAAGAGCGAUCACCAACUGCUGCGGGAGGUGCUGAGGGACACCAGUUUUCAGAGGAAGUACAACUUGAGACCCGUCGAUCUCGGUGGCGUCGGCACUGGCUUUGUCGAGGACAUGGAAGCUGGCGAGUGUGUAGGCGAUCUUGCCCGCGAGCAGCUCGAGCCGGUUCUCAGCCUGGCCAUCCAACAGUUGCAGAAAGACUUUGACAACACCUGCGUGGCACUUGGUAUUCAUCCGGAACCGAGACGAUGGAGCGCGGCGGACGUAGCGGCCUGGGUACAGUGGGCCAGACGGCAGUUGCAAUUACCCUCGGUACCGCUGGAGAGUUUCAACGUCGACGGUGCGACACUGGCCUCCCUCACGGAGGAAGAAUUCUGCCAGAGAGCUCCCCAGUGUGGGAGCAUGUUGCACGCGCAGUUGGAAAUUUGGAAGGCCGCCGUCGAAGAAUCGCCGCGAAACACGUUAGCAGCUUGCUGGAGUCCUGCGGGGGUGGUUCAGUCUCCGAACAGUGUCGCGACACCAGCGGCGGUUGGAAAUGCGACGACAGCCAGUCUCAACGAGCCUCCCUGCGUAUUAGAUUUCUCAGACGACGAGGACGCGGAAUGCGCUUCCGAUCAAGGUGGGAGUAACGGGGGUAGCAAGAUGCGCAACGGCGGCAGUCACAUCCACCUCUGGCAAUUUUUGAAGGAGCUACUGCAGAGCCCGAGUGUGCACGGUUCUUGUAUACGUUGGUUGGAUCGCAGCAAGGGGGUCUUCAAGAUCGAGGAUUCGGUGCGCGUGGCGCGGCUUUGGGGCAAACGAAAAAAUCGGCCCGCCAUGAACUACGACAAGCUCAGCCGCAGCAUCCGACAGUACUACAAGAAGGGCAUCAUGAAGAAGACGGAGCGUAGCCAGAGACUGGUGUAUCAGUUCUGCCAUCCUUACUGUCUAUAAGACAGCUUUUAUCCCUUCUUUUUUUCUUUUUAUCUUUCCUCUGUUUCUUUUCUUUCUUUUUGUCUUAUUUUCUCUUUCCUUCCCUUCCUUCUUCCUUCGUUUCCUUCGUUCUUAAUCUCUUUCCUUGCGCAUGCAUUUGUAUGCAUCCGAAGCGAGCGUCUUCGAAGAAGAGGCCGCUAAGCUUCACGAAAAAAUCGAAAGACGAACGAUAAUGAUCCGUCAUACGCGCGAUAUUAUCACACCGCGAUGAUGAUAACGUCGAGCCACGACGGGUCCGUUUAGUACGCCCGUGUUGGGCGACCCCGUAACUUUAUUUUAUAAUUUUUUUUUUUUCUCUUCUUUCUUUUCCCUGUGUGUAUGUGCGCGCGCGCUUUCUCUCACACGUUUGUUUUUUUUAUUGUUUUCAUUAAUAUACAUCCACACAUGUGCGCGAUUCCUCAUCGAAUCGCUUCUUUACUCCGACGAGUUUCCGUUUCCGCAAACAACACACGAGGUAAAUAAGCGAGUCUGAUGAAGAAAACUUUACUACUUGUUACGGAGAAAAGAGAAGAGAUGACUCUUUUCUCUCUAUUCUCAUGAUCGCUUGUCGGCACCAGUCGUCGUAUCCUCGAGUCGCGCGACACGACACACAUCGACAGGACGCAAUAUUUAAAGCGCGGAACUAUUCGCUGCCUAGUUUGUGUCCAUUGCGCUACUCUUCGACUCGAACAAAAAAGACCAAGUAAAUCUCGGAGAGAAAGAAAGAGAAAGAGAGAGAGAGAGAGAGAGAGAGAGA